AUGGCUCGCUCAGCCGUUCGCGCUGGCUCAGGGCUGCUGAGGCUCCCGGGUCUGGGUCGGAGUUGGCGCUGCAAUCCGGAUGCCAGAAGUUGCCGCAGAGCCCACGCUGAGACUGAGACGCUGAACCGUGGGGCGCGGGGAUUUAAAGCAGCUCCGCCCCCUUCCCCCGCCUCGCAGCGCCCCCUGGCGGUUUCAGGCCGUCUAGAACAGCUGGAGUCAGCUCAGGCCACCGCGCCCAGCGUGGGAUCCUCUCGCUGGCGAUGUGGGCACAACCAGAAGAGGACCAGGAGCCCAGCGGGCGUUCGACCCUCAUCGUUGAUUACAGCUUAUUUGUAUUAUGCUUUCCUCAGUGUAAGGUGCCUGCAGUGGGGUGUGAGGAAAAGUAGCCCUGUAUUUUCUCAUCCCCAGGUGCAUGAAGUGGAAGGCCAAUAGUAUUCCAGCUAUUGAGAAGGCCCAAGAUUGGCAUCUGCCCAUGUGUCCUUUCUCGACAGGCUGCUCACCAUAAUGAGGGAUCUUCUUCAGUAUGUCGCCUGCUUCUUUGCCUGUUUUUCUACUGGAUUUUUGAUUGUGGCUACCUGGACAGACUGUUGGAUGGUGAAUGCUGAUGACUCUCUGGAGGUGAGCACAAAAUGCCGAGGCCUCUGGUGGGAGUGUGUCACAAAUGCUUUUGAUGGGAUUCGCACCUGUGAAGAGUAUGAUUCUAUAUACGCAGAGCAUCCUUUAAAGCUGGUGGCAACUCGAGCAUUGAUGAUUACUGCAGAUAUUCUAGCUGGGUUUGGAUUUAUCACCCUGCUCCUUGGUCUUGACUGUGUGAAAUUCCUCCCGGAUGAGCCGUUCAUCAAAGUUCGCAUCUGCUUUGUUGCCGGAACCACAUUACUAAUAGCAGGUGCCCCAGGAAUCAUUGGUUCUAUGUGGUAUGCUAUUGAUGUUUAUGUGGAACGUUCUUCUCUUAUUUUUCACAAUAUAUUUAUUGGCAUACAAUAUAAAUUUGGUUGGUCCUGUUGGCUUGGAAUGGCUGGGUCACUGGGUUGCUUUUUGUCUGGAGCUGUCCUCACCUGCUGCUUCUACCGCUUUAAAGAUGUUUGUCCUGAGAGAAACUAUCCUUAUUCCAUGAGAAGAUCCUAUUCAACUGCAGCUGCUUCCAUGGCCAAGUCCUACAUGGCCCCUAGGACAGAGACUGCCAAAAUGUAUGCUGUAGACACAAGGGUGUAAAAUGCCACAUAUCAAUCUGUGUUUAUGUGUUAUUUAAUUAGUCACCAACAUGUUCAAGUUAAUAAAAUAA